GAAAAUGAUACAAUGACGCCAGCUAGCUAGUUAGUUGCGUAUUUGUAGCUGUGAGAUACAGUAAGCGGUUAGCUACCCGGAACAAACAUGCAAUUGUGUUUGUAUAUCGAAAGAAGACGCAUAAGAUAGCUCGUUGUGGUGCGUGUCAGCUAGCUAGCUAAUUUGUGUCAAAUAGCGUGCGUUAGCUAACGUCACCUGUGUCUAGAAUGAACAAUUAAUCUCAAAUGAGUACUCUUGGACGUUUCUGUCUGGAUCAUGUGGGCAAUGCAGUGACUGGCGGCAGAUUGAUUUGAUCGGCGGUUCAUGAUUAUCUCUCGAUGAUUUCAUGUUAACUAACGUCAGCUAACUGGUGUCUGGCUGGCACGCGAAAUGGCCUAAAUAUUUUCAGGAUUGGAAACAGGCUCAAAACAUGGAUCAAGAUGGACUGAAACAUAGCAAUAAACAAGAUGAAAGCUUGACCCUUUACAGUGAAAGAGGAGCAGAUGGAGCCUUUCAGAGUGGUGUGAGCAGCACCGCGCUGGUAGCUGGCUCGGCAGAGCCCCAGUGCAAACUGCAGCCUGCGUCUGGAGAAGUCUCCAAUGGAAUGGGCAGCGGUAACCCUCAGGAAGAGUUCACCACCACCAUGUCCACCUCCAUGGGACUCUAUGUGGAGGAGACGGACUCUAAAGCCAUCGGGAAUGACCCCAGAAUGCAGCUGCAGCCAUCUUCUGGACUUUUCAUGCUGGGGGAAAACUUCUCUCGCUUGGAAGCGAGUAUCGCAGACUUUAAUCGCUCUGCCUCUUCCAUGGAUUCCCUCAUUGGUGGAGCUGACCCCAGUCUGUUCCCGUUGAAAACCGAGGAUUUCUCUCCCAUGGACAGAGGGGACAUGGACUUGGAUCAGGACACAUUCGAGCACGUUGGGAGGGACUCCGAUUUGGGCCAAAAGCUCUUCAAUGAUAACACUCUUGACCUUUUACAGGACUUUGAAUUGGCGGGCUCUCCUUCGCAGCUGAACGACUUCUAUGUCGGGGACGAGGCUGCGCUUCUCUCGUCCCUGGGAGUUGAUGAUUCCCUAUUGGGAGACAUUACCAUAAUUAAGCAAAGCAAACCAGUUGGCUGUGGCAAUGGAAACAACUGCAUGAACGUGAACGGCGCAGAUCAGCAACAGGAGAAGAGUGACCCCAUGGUCAAAACGGAGAAGGAUGCGUAUAUCCAGCUGUGCACUCCUGGGGUGAUCAAGCAGGAGAAGGAGAGCAAGCGCUACUGCCAAAUGAGUGGCUCAGAUGUGCCCAGCCUUCUCAGCUCCUCGGCUUCAGACUGCUCCGCCAGCACCACGGAAGGGCAAAGCUGCCCUUUCGGGGUUAAUUCCGCUGUAGUCACUGUGCAGCAGCAGGACCAGAAGCCAGUGAUCAGCCUGUACCCGGCACUGGCCACUGUUGGAGAGAGCUGGAAUAGGGGCCAAGGGUUUGGGGAGACCACUGGAAUACAAAGGGCAAGGGAAACCCAAUCCGGUUCUUCACCUUUCCCUGUUAACUUUAUCAGUUCUGCAGUCAGACCGGCAGCUGGGUCUACACCUUCAGCUCCCGGAAAGCCGAGCGGUCCAGCCCACAAAAUAUGCCUUGUGUGCUCCGACGAAGCUUCGGGAUGCCAUUAUGGGGUCCUCACCUGCGGGAGCUGCAAAGUGUUCUUCAAGAGGGCUGUCGAAGGGCAGCACAAUUACCUGUGCGCAGGGAGAAACGAUUGCAUCAUCGACAAGAUCCGCAGAAAAAACUGCCCCGCUUGCCGUUUCCGCAAGUGUCUGCAAGCGGGAAUGAACCUAGAAGCUCGGAAAACCAAGAAGCUGAACCGAUUAAAGGGAGUGCAGCAGACCGCAGCAGCAGAGCCGGCCAUGCCCCCCUUGCCAGAGCCCCGGCCGCUGGUGCCCAAGUCCCUGCCCCAGCUCGUGCCCACCAUGCUGUCUCUGCUCAAGGCCAUUGAACCCGAGACCAGCUAUUCCGGCUACGACAGCACCCUUCCCGACACCUCCACGCGCCUCAUGACCACGCUCAACAGGCUGGGCGGGCGACAGGUUAUUUGCGCAGUCAAAUGGGCGAAGGCCCUGCCAGGGUUCCGGAACCUUCAUCUGGAUGACCAGAUGACCCUCCUGCAGUGCUCUUGGCUGGUCCUCAUGUCAUUCGGUUUGGGCUGGAGGUCCUACCAGCAAUGCAAUGGAAGCAUGCUCUGUUUUGCCCCAGAUCUGGUUAUGAAUGAGGAGCGAAUGAAGCUUCCCUAUAUGAGCGACCAGUGCGAGCAGAUGCUGAAGAUCUCCAAUGAGUUUGUGCGGCUGCAGGUGUCCCAUGACGAGUACCUGUGUAUGAAGGUUCUCCUGCUUCUAAGCACAAUUCCAAAGGACGGACUGAAGAGCCAGGCCAUUUUUGAUGAGAUUCGCAUGUCCUACAUCAAGGAGCUGGGCAAGGCUAUUGUUAAACGUGAGGAGAACUCCAGCCAGAACUGGCAGAGGUUCUACCAGCUCACCAAACUGCUGGACUCCAUGCACGAGAUCGUGGGAGGGCUCCUGAACUUCUGCUUCUACACGUUUGUGAAUAAAUCCCUGAGUGUGGAGUUUCCCGAGAUGCUGGCGGAGAUGAUCAGCAACCAGUUACCAAAAUUCAAAGCCGGGAGCGUGAAGCCGCUGCUCUUCCAUCAGAAAUGACAGCCUUACGGUGUGACACAAUGCCUUAACUUCCACCAGCCCACCCCCCUGACCCUGGAGAAAGCAUUCGGACCACGCGGACCGGAGCGUGAAAGAGGGAAAAGACAUGCAUCAAAACACAUCAAGUGGUAAAAUCCUGACUGAAAUGGUUCUGUAAUUGUAUAAACUUAAACACUGUCUAGUGAAAGAUAGCGAAGCAAGACAGUGCUGACGCUUGCAUUUUAGCAUUUUAUAGGUCAGUCACCAUUAUACAUGCUUAAAUGACAAAACACACACGGUUUAAUAUGCUAAUAUUUGGUUGAGAACAUAAAUGCAAAUUACCAUGAUUUUUUGGCAAAUUGCCAACAUUUAACAGCAGUUAUUUUUUAUGCAAGGGAUGCCAAAUGUGAAAAAAAACACAUUUAUGAUUUAUUUAUAUUAAUCUAUGAAUUAAAACGUCUUGAGUUUAGCAUUCCUUUGAAUUGGCCCAAAAUGUCUGAAAAAAACACAAGUAUAUUUUAUACAGUUAAAUCAUUCAGUUUGUGCAUGCAGAGUGCUUAAAAGGAUGACAGCUCUAUAUCAGAAAAGGGAAAAGAUGUGCCUUUUUUUUAGCUUUGGUGUGUAAUUGUAUCCAUUUUCUUCAUCUGUCCAUUGCGAGUAUUUUUCAUACAAUAACAAUUGAUCCUCAUAUUUGUAUGAAUUUUGUUUUAUAUUACUUGCACUGGCAAUUUUCUGCUUUUUUGAUAGCCAUUCGUAUUUUUCUGAAGGGGGCAGCUCAAUAUGAAUUAAAACCUUAGACAUAAGGUAUAACCAUCCGGAACAUACUACUUUUUUAUGUUGGUUUCAUGUGCUUUUCUCAUUAUAAAAUGUCUUUUCAACACUUUCGAUUCUUUCGUAAUCUCUGCUUUAAUAAAGCAGUUUUAAACUCAGAGUAGAGGCCGGUUUGCUGUAUAUGAUGUUUAAUCAAUAAGCUUUAGAGUUAGAUUUGAAUUGGGCCUAGUGACAAACACAAAUAUCUACUACUUUGGUUUCAGUUAUUUUUACUGAAGAAAACAAUGCUUUAUAUCUAGUCUUAGCUUAAACAGGGUAGGUAUUAUUCUCCCACCAACAUUAAAGCACAGAAACAAAACGGUUUUCAUUACUUUAGAAUAAGGCAAAAUAAUCUAGUUGCCCAGAUGUUAAAGCUGCUACCUUUAAGCAUAAGCCAUCCUUGAUUCCCAGCUCUAUGAGGUGUGUCACUUGCUAUUCUUCAUAACUAUUGGAUCUACGCCACUGUCUAGCUACAGCAUCUUAAACCGUCCUUAAAGCUAUGAUGUCUACACCACCGUCUAACCGUAGCAUAUACACUGUCAUCCAGCCUCACCUCUCCCACCGCCCCAUUGUCUUCAUUUCGCUUGUUGCAUGUAGCCAUUCCGUGUCGAUUGGUGUCUGAGCAUAUUUCAUUUCAAAUAAAAUAUUUGUCUUGCUUUGAGUUUUUGCAGCUUUCCUGAUCAUGGAUGAGCAAACUGUGGUUUGGGAGAGGAAUGGGGUGAUACUCGGGGAAUCACUAUACCUUGGGCUGUGUUUGAAACCACAUACUACUCGUACUAAGUUAAUUUUCAUUGAAAAGUAGGACGCGUAGUAUGCUAAGUAUGCGGUUUCCAACAAGCCCUUGGUUUUGCUCAUACAUUUGUAUUCCUUCUGUGCCAAACCGUUUAAUUUUCAUUUGUAUAUAUAUUUUUUUUUAACAUUUUUUUUUUGGUUGUGCUUGUCUUAACAUGUCAAUGUUUAUAUAAAAAAGGAAAAAAAGCUGGAUUGUUAAACCGUAUUUUCUUAUAUUUAUGACCUUAAUAAAAACGGGUCACUUGCGCUUGUCUGUCCAGGUUUCCAUUGUUUGGAGAAUUGAUAGAAAGACAGGCUUCACCAGCAGACGAAUUCUUCAUUAUUCACCACUGGUUGCAUAUUUGAUUGUCACAACAACUUUACAUGCACAUAUUAGAAAUGGAGGAUAAUUGACACCAGCACAUCAUCUGGUUCUCAAGAAAAUGGUUUCCCACACCCUUUUGUACACAAACUACUACAGUGCAUUCAUUGGGAUAGGCUGUCUAUAGAGCACAAAGCUGGUUAUGAUGAAAGGUGUAUUUGCAUGUAUGCAUAUAUGCAAGUUCCUUCAGAAGUGUUUUAUUGGAAAUUGCCUAACUAAUGGUUGAUGAGUGAUAACCCAAACGUUAUUUCCAAAGGUUGUUUCUUGGUUCGAUGACAAAAUCCACAAUCCAUGCAUUUUAUUGUUCACUAAUGCAAAUGUUAUAAAAUGUUUCAUUUUAUACAGGUUUUUCAAUAGCCUAAUAACAUUUUGAGUUUUUAGACUAUGUUUUUUAUUAUUUCAGAAUGUUCUCUAUGUAUGUCACAAUUUGUUUCUGAAUUGCUAUUCAGAGUAAGUCUCACUGUUCUUGCAUUUCAUGAAAUUGUCUGAUACUUCCAUACAUGGAGAAAUAAGGUGUUAAAAUAAGAUUCUGCUUUUUUGUGUGUGUGUGUGUGUGUGUGUGUGUGUGUGUCUCUGUGUGCAAGUUGUCAUACCAGAGCAGACUUGGGACAUUUUGUUGAGUUAUGUGUGUUUUCUUAAACCGUAAUCUCAGGCAGGUUCCAUAUUAACAUUUAUAGGAAAACGGCUCCCAAGACUAUUUAAAAAUGAUCUGUAUUGUAGAAAACUUUCUUUUGUAUGAGUUUUGGAUUACUUUCACAUACAGUCUCACAGGUCUGUCAGCACAGUUUGGUCCCCCCCUCUUUGAAGUACAGUUGUGUUCAAAUAAUACGCAUUUUUUAUUUGUUAUUUUUUUAAAGCAAAGAAAAUUUAUCUGUUCCAAAAAAUGGCAGUGUCGACAUUUUUCUCUUCAAACCCAAAUGCUUACUGUAUAAACUGAAGAAAUUUUUCAAGAUUUAACUUCACUUUAAAUUACUGAACUAGUAUUUAGUUGCACAGCAGUUAUCAAAAACAAUGGUUAUGCAUCUGCAUUGCAUCGAGUUAACCAACUUCUGGCACCUAGAAACAGGUAUUUCAGCCCAGGAUGAACAAACUACAUUGCACAGUUCCUGUGAAUUUUUGGGUUUUGCUUCAGAAACUGCAUUUUUAAUGUCACCCCACAAGUUUUCAAUGGGGUUGAGGUGGUCACUCCAUGACCUCAAUUUUGUCUGGUAACCAACACCCAUUUCAGGGGCAUUUCCUCCGGCAUACGGCAACAUAAUCUCUUCAAUUAUUGAUCCAUGAUCCCUGGUAUACGAUAAAUAGGCUGAACACCGUAGUAUGAAAAACAUCCCCAGACCAUGAUUUUUGCGCCACCAUGCUUCACUGUCUUCACAGUGUACUGUGGCUUGAAUUCAGUACCCAGGGGUCAUCUGACGUACUGCUGACGACCACUAGACCCAAAAAGACCAAUUUCUCUCAUAAGUCAAUAGAAUGUUACACCAUUUCUCUUUGGGACAAAUUUUAGCCGAUUCUGCAUAUUUUUCAACAAUGGUGCUUCUUACGGUGGCUUCUUGCUGAUAGCUUAGCUUCGAUCAAACGUCUUCUGACUAUAACAGCACUUACAGGUAAUUGUAGAUCAUCUUUGAUCUUUCUGGAGCUGAUGAAUGGCUGAAUCUUUGCCAUUCUGACUAUUCUUCGAUCCGUUUUAACAGUAGUUGUCAUUUUAAAGCAUUUGAGAUCAUUUUAGCUGUGCAUCCUAUAAUUUGCUGCACUUCUUUAUGUUUCCCCUCUCCAAUCAACUUUAAUCAAAUGACGUUCCUCCGAACAAUGUUUGGAGUGGCCCAUUUUACUUUGCAAUUCAGAAGGAAAUAUAUUUUAUAACAAUGUUUGAAACAUUUGCUUCCCUUCUUCCUAUUAAUAAAGGACAAUUAAUGACACCUGUUUUUUCACAGAAUGAAUUAACUCUACACUCUACACUGCUAUUAUUUUGCACACACCUCUUUCAAUGAAUGAGUCAAUUACUCAGAGCAAGCAGCAUGCAUUUCAUGACAGUUGGGUCUGUUGUUUUUCUUUACACUACUACAUCUACAAGCGAAUUAUUUGCCAUGCAGAAAUAUCACUAUUAGUAAUAACAGUGGUUUUUGAACACAACUGUAGCUUGCAAUUAGAAUCCGAGUCACUUUCCUAAACGUGAAGAUAAUUUCUUGUUGCAAAAUAUAUUUGAAAAUGUCAAAUGAAUGUAAGGGGAUAUAACAGAAUGAGGGCGAAGGUUUCACAUUAUCCUACCAUUCUCAUCCCAUUUUUAGCCAAGGCUUUAAGUCUAGUACCCAUUAUCUCUGCACAGAUGUCUGAUUUUCUGCAAUGUAAUUCAUGCUGACAAUUACAAUUAUAAUUUCAUUUGCACAAACAACCCAUGAAAUUAUGUAUUAAUUCAGGAAGUCUAAUAAGAAUGGGAAUGCUUCAUUUUUGUUUUGAUUAUUUGUUUGUUAAUGAGGUAACAGAAAAAGUGGUCCAUGGUACCGUGGCUUCUAAAAUGCAUUGCUCCAUGUACAGGCUGGGCCCUGUAGCCUAGGAAUCUGUAGAUGAAUGACUGAGUGACCGUUUGCAGUGGCAGGAUAUAGUUCUCUUCUUCCCAUCAUGGUUCCGUAGACAUAAGUUCCUCAUACUAUCGCUGCAAGUGUAUCUUAGCUACUUAAAAGGAAUUAUUUGCACUGCUCUUUCAUUUGGCACAUCUGUAGAGCAUUGUGGGGCCUGUAGUGUGCAAAAUACUCGCGGUCAUGGAGGCUAGUGUGUGCACUUCAGCUAUAGUUUUCCUGCACAGAUUCAGGAAGCAUGGCAGUGAAACGAGGCCACCAUACAGAAGCAAAAUACUUUGAUGGGCACACUACCUACUUUUGUUGUAAUAUACAGACUAGUUUAAUCUUCAUUUGAUUCACAUUCUAUUACAAGAAAGGUGCUGUUUUGGUUGUUUUGUUGACAAAGAACUGUAUGCAAAUUGCUGAUGAAUUUCUGACUUGUAAAUAAAUGUAAAUUCUGUAUCACAUUGGGAAAAAUUUUAAUAAAUUGUCACAUUUUCAAUAAAUCACGAUUUAAAUCAAAAACAGGAGAGUAUAUUUUACAUAUAAUUUUUAUUUAUUUUAUAUAUCACGGAACAACAAUGACCAAAGCCGAUAAACAGAAGGUAAAGCUCAUCAUUAUCAAUAAUGAAUUUGUUGGGUUUUUUUUUUUUUUUUUUUUCAUUGUUGUAACUUGUUUUUCUUGUAAUAACUGAAAAUCAGCCAAUCCCUAAAAAAGUAUACUGUGUGUGAAAGUAAUCAGUUAAUUAGAGCCUGAAAAUUUGCACUACCCUAAAGUGGAUAAAAAUGAUUUUAUAGAUUAUAAAAUACAUGCAAUUAAGUGAUCAUUAAGGGCAAAUAAGUAUUCACUGGCAUAUGCUUUUCUUUUGCUUGUAUUUCAAUUAUGUAAAUGUAUUCCAGUGUAAAGAACGAAGUCUAUUAGUAAAAAAAAAGAAAUAGUUUUUUAUUCUGUAUUAUAUCUCCUCUGUAGUAAUUGUCUAUCUUUUCACCCAGUAGAUCAAAUGUUGGAAUAUAAGUUUUUUUUUUUGUGUGUGUGUGGUACUUUUAAAAACCUUCACAUUUGUACUCCGAUAGAUAUGAUGUUAAUGCUAUUGUACAGGAAAAAUGGUAAGUUUAUUGUAAUCGCUUAUAACGCAGUUAAGAUGAGAAAUCAUUCAUAUAAUAAAUGCGCUUUUCCAUU